GAGUGAUUAAAGAGAGAAAUAAGAGAGAGUCAGAGGGGGACAAAGAGGGGGAAGCAAACCGUCCUGCAGAUACACAGCCAACAAAAGGAAGAGAAAAACAGAGGGAUAAAGAGAUGGAAAGAGAGGAACCGAGGGACAGGGACAAGCAGAGAGGGAACAACAGACCCCGAGACAUAGACAGAGAAAGAGAGGAACCGAGGGACAGGGAGAGGGACAAGCAGAGAGGGAACAACAGACCCCGAGACAUAGACCGAGAAAGAGAGGAACCGAGGGACAGGGACAAGCAGAGAGGGAACAACAGACCCCGAGACAUAGACAGAGAAAGGGAUGGAGAGAUGGAGAGAAACAGAGAGAGGCCAGCGGAGGGGAACGAGAGGAGCAGAGCCAACACUAGUCCUAACAACAACCACCACCACCCAUCAUCAUCCUCUAAGCGUUACUCCAAAUCAGACAUCAGAAGACCCAGGAACCGCACCUACAGCACCAGCUCUGCCAGCAGUGGCACCAGUCUGGACGGACCUGGACUGGGACAGGGGGGGGGUUUGGGGGAGGACAGGGCCCGACGAGACCGGUUGGGGCGCAGGGAGCGAGAGAGAGGGGACGGAGGAGGAGGUCAGCUCCAGAACAGGAGGAGAAGCACUAGAGACUCCUCUACUGACUCACUGGAAGAGAGCAAGGUGGGAGAAUGGAUGGAUGAGAGGAGGAGAAGGAGGAGAGACGGAGGAGAGGAGGACUGGAGCCCGGAGAGGAGGAAAAGGGGGGAUGAGAGCAGAGGGACAGGAGGGAGGCACAGAGGAGGAGGAGGGAGAGGAGGUCUCCUGAGAAUAUCUCACAGUGACAGACAGUCAGGCUCCUCCCAGGCUACCUCAGGCCCUGGCGAGGACCCCCAGGGGCGACGCAGACAGGGCACUGGGCCUCGCAGCAGGGGGAGGGGCAUCCUCAUCCUCCCCGCCCACACCAACCUCUCCAAUUUGCCGGCGGAGCCCGGGCCGAGGCUUCUGUUUGGUGGGAUCCGUGGAGGAAGAGAUGCGGGGCUAGGGAGAGGAGGAGGAAGGGGCGGAGGAACUAGGCGUCUCUGGGACCCAAACAACCCCGACCAGAAACCCGCCCUCGGGCUCUCCCAGCAUCCAUCGCUCCAGCAGCAGCCCAUGUACCUGCAGACAGGCGUUGGUUACGGAGCGCUGCACUUCCUGGAUACAGAUGACGAGGCUGCAGGGAGUCCCCCGGUCCUCCAGGGGGAGCACUUCCACCUCCAGCAGCAGGCUGCAGCCAGGGCCCAGGCCUUCUACAAGUACCAGAACUCUGACAACCCUUACAACGCCAACCCUAACCCCAACACACGCUACCCCUACCCUUACCACACUAUGCCCGCCGGCCCUUACCAGAUCCCCCCCUCUAACGACAUGUACCACCCGGGUCAGUUCUACGGGGGGUACAGGGGCCAGGGGUACCUGGAUGGACCCGAGGCUGUAGCAGGGGGUGGAUCCGGAGCGGGUGUAACCCCUGAGGAGGCUGGGCAACAUGCAAGAGGAGAGCUGGGGAGACUGCUGAGAGCUGCAGACAGUCAGGAGUUACAGCUCACCAACCUGUUGUCUCGAGACAGACUCAGUGCUGAUGGACUGGACCGCAUGGCUCAGCUCAGAGCUGACCUGUUGACCCUGUACGAGCGGGUGAUCCUAACAGACAUAGAGUUCAGUGACAGCCAGAACCUGGACCAGGCUCUAUGGAAGAACGUGUUCUACCAGGUUAUAGAGCGCUUCAGACAGCUCCUCAAAGACCCCAGUGGAGACUCAGCUCCGCGCAUCACCACCAUGCUACUGACACUGCUGGACGAGGGGGCAGUAUUCUUUGAUGCGCUGCUACAGAAGCUUCAGAUGGUGUUUCAGUUUAAACUGGAGGAUUACAUGGACGGCAUGGCCAUCAGACCACGACCACUACGCAAAACGGUGAGGUAUGCUCUGAUCAGUGCCCAGCGGUGUUUGAUCUGUCAGGGGGACAUCGCCCGUUACCGGGAGCAGGCCAGCGACUCGGCUAACUACGGCAAGGCCCGCAGUUGGUACCUGAAGGCCCAGCAGAUUGCUCCUAAGAAUGGACGACCCUACAACCAGCUGGCCCUGCUGGCUGUCUACACGAAGAGGAAGUUGGAUGCAGUGUAUUAUUACAUGCGUAGCCUGGCGGCCUCCAAUCCCAUCCUCACUGCCAAGGAGAGCCUCAUGAGUCUGUUUGAAGAGGCCAAACGCAAGGCAGACCAGAUGGGGCGGAGGCAGGAGUCAGAAGGGGGUUCCAGGGGCCCGGGGGUCCAGGGUGGAGGAAGAGGACGGGGGGAGCCGGGGGCCAGAGUAGAGAUCUGGCUUCGCCCUGUCGUCCAGGCAGGGGCUCUCUCAUCGCACCGCGGGGGCAGCGAGUCCAGCAGAGACUCUGAACAGGACGGAGAGCUCGGCAACCUCAGCGCUAGUGAUCUCAAUAAGAGGUUCAUACUCAGCUUCCUCCACGCUCAUGGAAAACUCUUCACUAAAGUGGGCAUGGAGUCGUUUCCAGAGGUGGUCAGUCGUGUUCUCCAGGAGUUCAGAGUGCUGAUCCAACACAGCCCCUCCCCCCUGGGCAGCACACGCAUGUUACAGAUCAUCACCAUCAACAUGUUCACUAUACACAACGCUCAGAGCAGAGGAGGAGAUGGUGAGGUGAGGUCUGUUUUACAGGAGCAGACUACAUCUCUGGGUUUGGCCAUGUUCUCUCUGCUGGUCCAGCGCUGCACAGAACUACUGAGAGACACACCUGCAGAGUCCAUCCCCGAGGAGGAGAGAGAAGAUGGGGAUGAGUGGGAGGAGGGGAUGGUAAGAGUUUCUGCCUUCCCAUUGGACCUGAGGGAGCUGCUGCCCAGCGUUAAAGUCUGGUCUGAUUGGAUGCUUGGACACCCCGACCAAUGGAAUCCUCCGCCUUGUAGUAUAGAUGGUUGUAGCUCUGGUGUGUGGCGUAGCUUGGCCGACCUGUGUAAUGCGUUGGCUCGUGUCGACCACGGGGAAGCGCCGCUGUACAAGGCAGACGGGGACGGAGACGAGGGGGAUGAGGAGCUCCGCCUGCUGCUAUUGGAGGAAGACAGGCUACUGGCCGGCUUCGUCCCGCUGCUCGCCGCCCCACAGGAACCUUGCUACAUAGAACUCACCAGGGAUACUGCAAUAGCAGCAGACUGUAAAAGGGUAACAGUGUUGAAGUAUUUCCUGGAGGCUCUGUGUGGACAGGAACAACCUCUUCUGGCCUUCAAGGGAGGGAAGUAUGUCUCCAUGGCAACCUCUCCCCAACCCAGCAGCCCUGGCGACGCCCACAGUCGACACGAUUCACUGACCGAGAGAGAGAGCGAUGACGUCAUCGUGGAGGCGGAGUCGUCUGUUUCCGAGGGGGAUGAGGGCGGGGGCAGCGAAGAUGACAUCAGAGAGCUCCGGGCCAGACGCAGCGCCCUCACUAACAGACUGGCUCAGCAGCAACGACGCAGGGACAAGAUACAGGCGGUGUUACAGACGUGUGGUCAGUUGGAGUUGGAGGUACGUCCUCUUUUCCUGGUUCCAGACACCAAUGGCUUCAUCGACCACCUGACCGGCCUCAAGACGCUGCUGCAGUCUGGGACUUACAUACUGGUGGUGCCCCUUAUAGUGAUAACAGAGUUGGAUGGUCUGGCGAAGGGUCAGGAGAGCUGCGGAGGCUCUGGCGGUGGUCAUGGUGGCGGCGGUUCCCGUGGUAACCCUGGCGCAACUCAUGCGCGGGCGGUCCAGGAGAAGGCCAAGGUAGCCGUGGCGUUUCUGGAGCGAGGGUUUGAGGCCAGAGAGCCCUGUCUCAGAGCGCUGACCAGCAGAGGAAGUCAACUGGAGUCUAUCGCCUUCCGCAGUGAAGACACCUCCGGACAACAGGGGAACAAUGAUGAUGUCAUCUUGUCCUGCUGUCUCCACUACUGCAAAGACAAGGCUAAGGACUUCAUGCCUGCAAAGAGAGACGGUCCGGUGCGGUUGCGUCGGGAGGUGGUUCUUCUGACAGAUGACCGUAACCUGCGGGUCAAAGCCCUGACCAGGAAUGUGCCGGUCAGAGACAUCCCCGCAUUCCUCACCUGGGCCAAAGUGGGCUGAACUGGGGCACACCUUAGACCACGCCCAGAGCACCCAAACAACCAAUCAACUGCUGAGAACUGCUGGCCACCUCCCAUACCAUCGGAGUGGAGGAGGAGCCUGUAAGCUAAUGCAGAAGUGAAGACUGAUGGAGAGAAGGAGAAGAAAGCUUUUUUUGUGGAAAAAUGAAAUAUGGAAACGAAAAAGCAUUUUUUGUUGUUGUGUGGAAUGAGUUGAAAUAGGCUGAGAUCUUUUUACCCUCUCAUUGUGAUGAGGUGUGUGUGUUUGCUGCUGAGCUCAGGGAGCGGGAGGGAGGAGAGGAGCAGGGAGAGUUUUAAGAGAUGCAGGAAGGCUGGCCCAUGAAGAGAUGUAGAAGACAGAAGGAGGAGAGGUAUUUGUGUUCAUUUCUGGUUUCUUCGGUCCAGCCAGGCUACAGACCCUGGAAUCGAACCAGGGUCUGUAGUGAAGCCUCUAGCACUGAGAUGCAGUGCUAUAGACCGCUGCGCCACUCAGGGGAGUGGCAGGGGAGCCAGGUUGUAGUAUCGGGGUACCAGCCAGGUUGUAGUAUCGGGGUACCAGCCAGGUUGUAGUAUCAGGGUACCAGCCAGGUUGUAGUAUCAGGGUACCAGCCAGGUUGUAGUAUCAGGGUACCAGCCAGGUUGUAGUAUCAGGGUACCAGCCAGGUUGUAGUAUCAGGGUACCAGCCAGGUUGUAGUAUCGGGGUACCAGCCAGGUUGUAGUAUCGGGGUACCAGCCAGGUUGUAGUAUCAGGGUACCAGCCAGGUUGUAGUAUCAGGGUACCAGCCAGGUUGUAGUAUCAGGGUACCAGCCAGGUUGUAGUAUCAGGGUACCAGCCAGGUUGUAGUAUCAGGGUACCAGCCAGGUACCUUCAUCUACCCACCCUCCUCCAGGUCCCCGUGACCCCGAACCACAUUCUCAGCCUCUGAUGACCCGGAAGUGGUCCGUUUCAGUUCCUGUAAAACCAUGAAGUGAUUUUCAUCCCAGUUUCCCAGCAGCUUGUGGGAGUCUUUCCCAAGGCUGAGAGUCUUUCCCAAGGCUGAGAGUCUUUCCCAAGGCUGAGAGUCUUUCCCAAGGCUGAGAGUCUUUCCCAAGGCUGAGAGUCUUUCCCAAGGCUUCUGUAAAGGAACAGCUUUAAAGACAAAAAGACAAAGAAAAAAAUACUUGUUAUUUUUUAGCAUUGUGAGGGAGUGUGUUGUUUCUGAGUUGGUUGGUGUAUCCAUUGGGAGUGUGAUGUUUAUGCUCUACAGAAGAGCUUUUCUGUCAGCAGACGUUCCCUUUUAGUUUGUUUUUAAUCCUUUCAAAAUAUUAUAAUAAGAUUGAACGUUAGUUUUAGGUCAUUGUAUUUUUUGUGUGUUUUGUUUUCCUUUGUUUUUAUCACCACCCUCUGGGUAACUCGUUCAGCUUCUAUAAAUUAUUUAUCUAUGUUCGUUCUAAGUGCAGAACUUUGUGCUGAUCUGUUUCUUUAUGAGUGGCUAAGACCCGGGCUGCGUCCCAAAAUGGUACCCUGUGGGCCCUGGUCAAAAGUUGUGCACUAAGCCUAUAAGGAACAGGGUGCCAACAGGGUGCCCUACACUGAUCAGACAAUUAACAAUGUAAUUAUCUUUUGUAGCACCACAGUGUGCACACGUUAACAAGCGGUUAUGAUACGUGUGUGUUUACCACAAACGUGCGUGCCUGAGUGCACACUAUUCUGCACUGCGUCAAGACAGACGGGGGAGUCUUUUCACAACCAUAAAAUGUCCCACACAAUAUAAACAAAGAUGACAUCAGUGACCGACAUACCAGACGUACCAUGUUUGAUCAGCUAUAAUGGUUUACUCUGCAUGCUGACGUUAAACGUGUUACCAGUCCUAAUCUGUCCUCCAGACGUACCAUGUUUGAUCAGCUAUAAUGGUUUACUCUGCAUGCUGACGUUAAACGUGUUACCAGUCCUAAUCUGUCCUCCAGACGUAAUAUGUUUGAUCAGCUAUAAUGGUUUACUAUGCAUGCUGACGUUAAACGUGUUACCAGUCCUAAUCUGUCCUCCAGACGUAAUAUGUUUGAUCAGCUAUAAUGGUUUACUAUGCAUGCUGACGUUAAACGUGUUACCAGUCCUAAUCUGUCCUCCAGACGUACCAUGUUUGAUCAGCAUGCUAUAAUGGUUUACUAUGCAUGCUGACGUUAAACGUGUUACCAGUCCUAAUCUGUCCUCCAGACGGCACGAGGUAGUUGGUUUAUUAUCCGUCUAUGACAGUAACACACACAGUUGAGUAAUUUCACAAAACAUUAAACAUCAGUCUUGUAAGCUCAGGUCUAUGAACAACUAUAGAUAGAUUUGGUAUAAAUGAGUUGAUACUCUCAAAUCAUUUGAUCUUGACUUUUGUGUGUUGUGUAUUUGCCAAAACCAUAGCUAGUUAACUUGUUGAUCCAACUUGUUUAGGAAUAUUUGAGUGCCUCCUCCCAAUGAUCUCUCCUUUCUCCCAAAGUGUGCACUUGUUCCCUUUUUGUGGGAGGUAUUGGUGAUCGAGUGCGCACUUCAGGAGGAAGGACAGAUUCCCGGGACGCUCCCUCCUCCGCCUGCUCUCACUGUUCUGUCUAUAUGCUGGAGCCGACCCCAGGCCUGUACUAUCCCAUCACAAGGCUUUUUCAUUCUUUUCCAUGAGUUGUUUGAUUAAAUGAUUUGUUUUGAUUCAAA